AAAAUGUCCUCAAUUGAUUUUCAUGGUGGCUCGCUGAAAGUGUUUUAUUCGAAGAAAGACCAUGAGCGGCGGAACAAUUUAUUUCAUUUGCAAUUAUUUUUUAUGAAAUUUGUGGGUCAAGUACCCAUUAAUUUGGAGAAGUACGUAUCGAAAUCAUGGCAUGAGGCUGCUAAACGGUUGGCUAGAUUUUAUUGUGCCUUUUCGGCCGUCUCGACUUUGCAUUUGUCCCUGCUGUAUAUAAAAACUACGUACGACAUGUUGCAAACGGGGGAAUUAGAAGAAAUAACGGAUGCUCUCACUAUGGCCAUUAUAUAUUCAUUCGCGUCUUUUGCAACAUGUUAUUGGUUGUGGAGAACAAAGUCCUUAAGGAGUUUUUUAGCAGACAUCAAUGUGCAACAUCGUCACCAUUCAAUGGCUGGUUUAACAUUUGUUAGUGUCCACUCGUCGUAUAAUCUAGCGUACAAAAUAACGCUCUAUUGGCUGAGAUGCUGCAUGGUUGGUGUAGUUUCAUGGGCUCUAAACCCUCUGCUGUUGGGAUCAUAUACUCUGCCACUAAAGUGUUGGUAUCCUUUUAAUCCAUUGCAACCUGUAAUUUACGAAUUGACCUAUGCCACUCAGGUUUGGUGUCAAUUUAUUAUGGGCUGCAUCUUUGGAAAUGGCUCUGCUCUGUUUGUGUCCGUAAUUAUUAUUAUGUUGGGACAAUUUGAUAUCCUCUAUUGCAGUUUGAAAAAUUUGGAUUAUCAUGCUCAAUUAAUGUCAGGCGAAGAUUUAAAAUAUUUAGCGAAACUUCAAUCUGAAUUAUUGCAAGGCGAUGAUGAUGAAUUGAAUCAAUAUGUCUAUUCGAAAGAAUACUUGACCAACUUAAAAGUAUUUACCACUAAUAAAAAUCGUGACAAAAAAUCACUGCCAAUAGCUUUACACGAAUCUCUGGUUGAGUGUGUCCAGCUGCAUCAAUUUCUAUUAAAAAGUUGUGACACAUUGGAGGAUCUAUUUAACCCCUACUGCUUAGUCAAAUCUCUGCAAAUAACGUUGCAGUUAUGUUUACUGGUAUUUGUAGGAGUGGCGGGUGAGAGUUCUACUAUGAGAACAAUUAAUUUGGUACAAUAUUUGGCCUUGACGCUUUCCGAGUUGUUUAUGUUUACAUAUUUUGGUGAAUUGCUUCGAAAUCACAGCAUCCGUGCCGGUGAAGCUUUCUUCCGCUCACAGUGGUGGCCACAUGCCCACUAUAUUAAACGAGAUAUCUUUAUGUUUUUGGUUAAUACGAAGCGCGUUGUUAAAAUAACUGCUGGUAAAUUUUACUUGAUGGAUAUACAACGUUUGCGUUCGGUGAUAACACAGGCAUUUUCGUUCUUGACAUUACUUCAAAAGUUGGCUGAAAAGAAUAAAUAA